GGAAAUUACAUCACAGGCUCUAAGUUGGGAUGUGAUGCCGAAAUCACCCAAAAAACAGUUCAGGAACAGACAGGUACAGAUAAGUUUGACACCAGCGACAGCUCAAAGUCCAGUUGCUUAUGUUACAAAACCGAUGGUGCAAGACAGACUACUAGACUGCUAUUUGAUUUGGGGAACUCUAUAGGUCAACAAUGAGACAGGCUACAGGACACAGCAGUGACAACCCGAGGAACAAUGCAACCCAGACUGGAUCUGUUGUUUUUAUCUCUAACCCUUUGAUGACUGGUGAGUAGACUGCUUGGUGCAAUACGCUAAAAGUUUCCACUUGUCAAUAUCCAUGCUUUGGCCAAUGAAUGUCUGUAUAUGUGAAUGAUCCUAUGAUUGUUGUUCUUCUCUUGUAAGAUAUUGAGUCAGAUUGGUCCCCCAUUCAUGAUGCAGCCUACAAUGGACGUGUUCUCACACUGAGAAACCUAAUAGCUCAGGUAAGGAAGGCACACCCGGACCCACAGGGCACAGACGUCAAUUCAACGUUUAUUCCCCGUUGGUUCAAUGUAAUUUCAUUGAAAUGACAUGGAAACAAUGUUGAUUCAACCAGUGUGUGCCCAGUGGGUCUGUAUUAUGCAAGCUCAUGCCUGCAGGCUUUAGUGUAACUGCUAUUUGUUAUUUCUGUUAAUAAAGUAACAAUAGCCUUACCAUAGUCUGCAGAAUGGGACUGUAGAUGGAAUGCGUCACUUAAGCACAGUAUUAUUCAAGGGACAGCUUAUCACACUGAACAUUCAAAGCAAUUUCAAUAUGGAGAAAUGUCUGUCUAUUGUUGGCAGAGGGAAUAGGAUUGUUUUUUUGUGUGUGUGUCAUUUUUCAAUCCUCUUCACAGGGAACGUGUGUCAACCUGGCCACUCUAGACAGAUUCUCUCCCCUUCAUGGAGCAUGUCUUCAGGGACACACUGAUUGUGCCAGGUUACUGAUAGAAAAUGGUGCAAAUGUGAGUAAGGAAUUAAACUCUAUCUGCACCACCUCUGAUUUGGGCGGAUUUUAAGACUCACACAGCACAAAGCUGUAUACAUUAUUUACAUGAUUAUGAUUCAAUUUGAAUGUAGAACAAGCACAGGCCAAAUACAGGCAGACCCCUCUGAAUAUGGGUCAUAAAUGUGUCUGUGAAGUUAUUAGGCGAUUAACCACACGCAUUCCUUGUCACUUUAAUAUUACUAGCACAAAUCUCUAGACAACAAUACCUCAACUGUACGCUGAGUGAGUGUAAAGUCACCUUUCAAUUGCUACUGAAUCUGAGUGUAACAAUUUAUUUAACUGUUGAAUAGUCUAUAUUUUAGUUUUUAAAAAGCACUGAGCGAAAAUGGAAAAUCAACAACAUAGCUCAGGCAAUAGGAAGCUCGCUCAACCAUUUAUAUGCAGAUGAUACAGUCUUAUACUCAGCUGGCCCCUCCCCAGUAGUCACCUCAUACAAGUACUUGGGAGUAUGGCUAGACAGUACACUGUCCUUCUCUCAGCACAUAUCCAAGCUGCAGGCUAAGGUUAAAUCUAGACUUGGUUUCCUCUAUCGCAGUGGUGGAAAGUACUUAAGUAAAAAUACUUUAAAGUACUACUUAAGUAGUUUUUUGGGGUAUCUGUACUUUACUAUUUAUAUAUUAUCAUCCCUACUGCCUCUGAUUUGGCGGACUCACUAAACACAAAUGCUUCGUAUGUAAAUUAGGUCUGGGUGUUGGAAUCUGCCCCUGGCUGUCCAUUAAAAAACUGGGCCUUUUGGUUUGCUUAACAUAAGCAAUUUGAAAUUGUUUCUACCAUUACUUUUGAUACUUAAGUAUAUUUUUGUAAUUACAUUUACUUUUGAUACUUAAGUAUAUUUAAAACCAAAAACGUUUAGACUUUUACUCAAGUAGUACUUUACUGGAUUACUUUCACUUUUACUUGAGUCAUUUUCUAUUAGGGUAUCUUUAGUUUUACUCAAGUAUGUCAAUUGGGUACUUUUUCCACCACUGCUCUAUCGUAAUCGCUCCUCUUUCACCCCAGCUGGCAAACUAACCCUGAUUCAGAUUACCAUCAUACCCAUGCUAGAUUACGGAGACUUAAUUUAUAGAUGGGCAGGGAAGGGUGCUCUCAAGCGGCUAGAUGUUCUUUACCAUUCGGCCAUCAGAUUUGCCACCAAUGCUCCUUAUAGGACACAUCACUGCACUCUAUACUCAUCUGUAAACUGGCCAUCUCUGAAUACAUUUUUACAUUUUAGUCAUUUAGCAGACGCUCUUAUCCAGAGCAACUUACAGUUAGUGAGUGCAGACAUUUUUCAUACAUAUAGAAUACCCGUCGCAAGACCCACUGGUUGAUGCUUAUUUAUAAAAGCCUCUUAAACCUCACUCCAUUCAUCUGAGAUACCCACAUUCAACCCCCAUCUUCCACAAACAACACCCGUUCUGCCAGUCACAUUCUGUUAAAGGUCCCCAAAGCACACACAUCCCUGAGCUGCUCCGUUUUUCAGUUCGCUGUAGCUAGCGACUGGAACAAGCUGCAAAAACCACUCAAACUGGACAGUUUUAUCUCCAUUUCAACUUUCAAAGAUUAUCAUGGACACACUUACUGACACUUGUGGCUGCUUUACUUGAUGUAUUGUUGUCUCUACCUUUUUGCCCUUCGUGCUGUUGUCUGUGCCUAACAAUGUUUGUACCAUAUUUGUGCUGCUACCAUGUUGUGUUGCUACCGUGUUGUUGCUCUUGGUAGGCCAUCAUUGUAAAUAAGAAUUUGUUCUUAAUUGACUUGCAUAGUUAAAUAAAGGUAAAAAAUAUAUAUACACUGAACAAAAAUAUAAACGGAACAUGCAACAAUUUCAAAGAUUUUACUGAGUUACAGUUCAUAUAAGGAAAUCAGUCAUUUGAAAUAAAUAAAAUAGUCCCUAAUCUAUGGAUUUCACAUGACUGGGAAUACAGAAAAAAAAGUAGGGGCAUGAAUCACAAAACCAGUCAGUAUCUGGUGUGACCACCAUUUGCCUCAUGCAGCGCGGAACAUCUCCUUCGCAUAGAGUUGAUCAGGCUGUUGAUUGUGGCCUGUGGAAUGUUGUCCCACUCCUCUUUAAUGGCUGUGCGAAGUUGCUGGAUAUUAGCGGGAACUGGAACACGCUGUCGUACACGUCGAUCCAGAGCAUCCCAAACAUGCUCAAUGGGUGACAUGUCUGGUGAGUAUGCAGGCCAUGGAAGAACUGGGACAUUUUCAGCUUCCAGGAAUUGUGUACAGAUCCUUGCGACAUGGGGCUGUGCAUUAUCAUGCUGAAACAUGAGGUGAUGUCGGUGGAUGAAUGGCACGACAAUGGGCCUCAGAUCUUGUCAUGGUAUCUCUGUGCUUUCAAAUUGCCAUCAAUGAAAUGCAAUUGUAUUCGUUGUCCGUAGCUUAUGCCUGCCCAUACCAUUACCCCACCGCCACCAUGGGGCACUCUGUUCACAACGUUGACAUCAGCAAACUGCUCAUCCACACAACGCCCUGCCAUCUGCCCGGUACAGUUGUAACCAGGGUUAAUCCGUGAAGAGCACACUUCUCCAGCAUGCCAGUGGCCAUCUAAGAUGAGCAUUUGCCCACUGAAGUCGUUCAAAAUGCCGAACUGCAGUCAGGUCAAGACCUGGUGAGGACGACAAGCACACAGAUGACCUUCCCUGAGACAGUUUCUGACAGUUUGUGCAGAAAUUCUUCAGUACAAGUGGUCUGCGGUUAAGGCCGGUUGGACGUACUGCCAAAUUCUCUAAAACAACGUUGGAAGCGGCUUAUUAAAUUCUCUGGCAACAGCUUUGGUGGACAUUCCUGCAGUCAGCAUGCCAAUUGCACGCUGCCUCAAUACUUGAGACAUCUGUUGCAUUGUGUUAUGUGACAAAACGGCACAUUUUAGAGUGGCCUUUUAUUGACCUCAGAACAAGGCGCACUUGUGUAAUGAUCAUCCUGUUUAAUCAGCUUCUUGAUAUGCCACACCUGUCAGGUGGAUUAAUUAUCUUGGAAAAGGAGAAAUGCUCACUAACAGGGAUGUAAACAAAUUUGUGCACAACAUUUGAGAUGAAUAAGCUUUUUGUGCAGAUAUAGAACAUUUCUGGGAUCUUUUAUUUCAGCUCACGAAACAUGGGACCAACACUUUAUAUACAGUGGGGGAAAAAAGUAUUUAGUCAGCCACCAAUUGUGCAAGUUCUCCAACUUAAAAAGAUGAGAGAGGCCUGUAAUUUUCAUCAUAGGUACAUGUCAACUAUCACAAAACAAAAUUAGAUUUUUUUUCUCCAGAAAAUCACAUUGUAGGAUUUUUUAUGAAUUUAUUUGCAAAUUAUGGUGGAAAAUAAGUAUUUGGUCAAUAACAAAAGUUUCUCAAUACUUUGUUAUAUACCCUUUGUUGGCAAUGACACAGGUCAAACGUUUUCUGUAAGUCUUCACAAGGUUUUCACACACUGUUGCUGGUAUUUUGGCCCAUUCCUCCAUGCAGAUCUCCUCUAGAGCAGUGAUGUUUUGGGGCUGUCGCUGGGCAACAUGGACUUUCAACUCCCUCCAAAGAUUUUCUAUGGGGUUGAGAUCUGGAGACUGGCUAGGCCACUCCAGGACCUUGAAAUGCUUCUUACGAAGCCACUUCGUUGCCCGGGCGGUGUGUUUGGGAUCAUUGUCAUGCUGAAAGACCCAGCCACGUUUCAUCUUCAAUGCCCUUGCUGAUGGAAGGAGGUUUUCACUCAAAAUCUCACGAUACAUGGCCCCAUUCAUUCUUUCCUUUACACGGAUCAGUCGUCCUGGUCCCUUUGCAGAAAAACAGCCCCAAAGCAUGAUGUUUCCACCCUCAUGCUUCACAGUAGGUAUGGUGUUCUUUGGAUGCAACUCAGCAUUCUCUGUCCUCCAAACACGACGAGUUGAGUUUUUACCAAAAAGUUAUAUUUUGGUUUCAUCUGACCAUAUGACAUUCUCCCAAUCCUCUUCUGGAUCAUCCAAAUGCACUCUAGCAAACUUCAGACGGGCCUGGACAUGUACUGGCUUAAGCAGGGGGACACGUCUGGCACUGCAGGAUUUGAGUCCCUGGCGGCGUAGUGUGUUACUGAUGGUAGGCUUUGUUACUUUGGUCCCAGCUCUCUGCAGGUCAUUCACUAGGUCCCCCCGUGUGGUUCUGGGAUUUUUGCUCACCGUUCUUGUGAUCAUUUUGUCCCCAUGGGGUGAAAUCUUGCGUGGAGCCCCAGAUCGAGGGAGAUUAUCAGUGGUCUUGUAUGUCUUCCAUUUCCUAAUAAUUGCUCCCACAGUUAUUUCUUCAAACCAAGCUGCUUAGCUAUUGCUGAUUUAGUCUUCCCAGCCUGGUGCAGGUCUACAAUUUUGUUUCUGGUGUCCUUUGACAGCUCUUUGGUCUUGGCCAUAGUGGAGUUUGGAGUGUGACUGUUUGAGGUUGUGGACAGGUGUCUUUUAUACUGAUAACAAGUUCAAACAGGUGCCAUUAAUACAGGUAACGAGUGGAGGACAGAGGAGCCCCUUAAAGAAGAAGUUACAGAUCUGUGAGAGCCAGAAAUCUUGCUUGUUUGUAGGUGACCAAAUACUUAUUUUCCACCAUAAUUUGCAAAUAAAUUCAUUAAAAAUCCUACAAUGUGAUUUUCUGGAAACAUUUUUCUCAAUUUGUCUGUCAUAGUUGACGUGUACCUAUGAUGAAAAUUACAGGCCUCUCUCAUCUUUUUAAGUGGGAGAACUUGCACAAUUGGUGGCUGACUAAAUACUUUUUUUCCCCACUGUAUAUCCGUAUAGGUGUGCAACUAGCAUUCCCAGACACACUAAUAUACUUGGAAUGUGACAAACAGUGGAGUGUUAACCUUCUCAGCAGGCUACCACCAGUAUUUCUGUUGGUUUGUGUAGGAUGGUAGAGGUAUGUGGCAAGAUAUAUUAGUAUGUGGCAAGAUAUAUAUGUUGUUGUCUGCGGUACUAGGUGAAUGUCCCCACGUUGGAGAAGACCACCCCUCUGUCGGAGGCCUGUGCCCGGGGCCACACUGCCUGUGUGACCCUGCUCCUCCAGCAUGGAGCCUCAACCCAGGGAUCCAGCCUCUCAGCCUCCCCCAUCCACCAGGCCGCAGCCAAAGGUCAGGGGUCACAUUCUUAGGGACAGACUCGGAUAGAUCCUCCAUGGUUCAUCAGCCAAGGCAGUAGCCAUGUGAUUCAUUGAAGACUGCAUUGCAGGAAAAUCCCUGUAGGGAUGACAAAAUGGAGAAACAAUACCAUUAUGCAUGUUUUUCACAUAGCUAAGGUUCUUAUAGCUACAGCACUUUGACCGAGACAAAAGUCGAAACACGUCAGCUUUUAUAAAAUAAAAAAGAGCACCAUGAACUCCAUUUUUUGUUGUUAUAGUUAUUUAUGGGAGAUGUUGCAACCUUUCUUUUUUUGUAAUACCUUGGAGCUACAGCACUUUGUUAAACCGUUGUCAUGUUUUAUAUUUUUUUAUGAUAAAGUGUAAUGAGAUGUAUCAUUAAGUAAGCAGUUUUUCAAAGCAGAUCCCACACACUGUUCUUUAUUCCCUGAUUAUAUCUCUGUCCAGGUCACCCAGAGUGCAUUGAGUCUCUGGUUCAUCACGGGGCAGAUGUAGAUCAGCACACUGACCAAUCAGGCUCGCCGCUUUACACCGCCUGCACCAAUCAGCAUCUGAGUACUGUGAGGAAACUGCUUCAGCUUGGUAUGAAAAUGGAAUCCCUUUAGUUUGUUGUUAUUACGCAGAAAGGAUGUAUAGAUAGAUAUAAUCUGGAUUAGACAUUGACCAGUGUGCUUCUAUCACAAGGUUCUCAAAUAUUAUAAUAAGAGUUAUUUACAGUUUACACGUGGCCUGCAGUAUAUGAUACCUUUUACCAAGGGAGCCACGGCACUCUCAUGUGACAUUUACUGUAGGCUACAUACAAAAUCCACACAAUAUCCACAUAUAUACACUCUCUGUCAGGUGCUAGUGUGAACAGGAGUAAGGAUGGGGACUCUCCUCUGCACGCGGCAGCCCGUCUGUCCAACCUUGAGCUGGUGUCUGUUCUCCUGGAGCACGGGGCUGACUGCAGCCGCAGAGACACACAGGGCAAGCAACCCCUGGACCUGGCCCCUCCCAACAGCCCCGUGGAGAAACUACUGGGCAACAAAGGAGGUAGCUAGACCCGUAAUGGAUCUAUCUGAUACACAACAUUUUGGACAGAAGAUUCUGUGGUGCUUUGAACUGCUGUUGUAUACGUUGAGUUUAAACCCAUCAUGGAUAUGUUUGUGUUUGUGAAAGGAUUCUUGGUUCUUGCAUGAUAUAUUAAUAGAUUUGCAUAGUAUUUACAUUGUGCUUGUGUUAUUUACAAUAUCAAACCCUGAGAACAUAUUUCUGUUAUCUAAAUGAUGGCCGUUUCUCCUCUGAUGGCUGACCAGGAGUGUCUCGUCUGAUGCAGCUGUGCCGGCUGUCCAUCAGGAAGGUUUUGGGAAAGGCCAGACUUAUUUCAAUCCAUGGUCUUCAGAUCCCCACAGAACUGAAGCAAUACCUUCUGUACCAAUCGGAUCUAUGGGGUACAUCCAUAAAAUGAACAUAUUUUUUAAAUGUUCUAUCUCAAUGCAUUUCUACUUUCGGUCAGUAGGUGGCACCUUAGCACCAGCAUCUGUGGAGAGAGGACUUAAAAACGUAUUGUGAAUGUUGAUUAGUGGGAUGGUUUGUGCCACAUUAUCAGAUUUGUUCACAUGAAAGAUAUGAGAAAGAAGAGAGAACUUUAGAUUUUAUGCAUUCAUAAAUGAAUUAAUAAAUAUGUACUGUUACUUGAAAAU